AUGUGCGCUCGACUCAUAUUCACCAUCUCUUCCGUUACAGUCAGCUUCCAAAUGAGGACGUGGAAAGCACCUGCAUCAACGUACAACACGUCCGUCGCGCGCGAAGGGAUGAGAAAAAGAAGAAUUAGUGCAUCCAACCAGCACACGCAAGUGAGCAAGCCUAAUAACAGAAGCUUUAUAUUACUCUAUUAUAAUAAUAUAAUUGUAGAAAUGGGGUUACUUAAAAACGCUUCCGUUCAAGAUUGGGAUGACGCUGAAAAGGCUCGUGCGUACAUUCAUAAACAUGGAAUUCUUCAGUUCAUUAAUGUAUAUAAAAUGUAUUGUAAUCGUUGUUGUGCCGAAUUACGUUGGGGUGACGAAAUCGAGUGCAACAUCGUUAUUUUUGAUCGCGAGAAUAAAACUGUGAAGCUUUCUCAACGAGCUCCUGUCAUUAUUGACGAGUUAGCAGAACGUGCUUUAAAGCAAAAGUAG